AGUAGAGUUACAUAAUUUGUUUUACGAUCCGCUUUUUUAAGAAUUUUUAACCAAAUAGGUAUGAGGUACCUCUUCAAAAUUCCGCUUUUAGUAGGAGCCUUGCUCUUCCUUGCAAUAGUUGAGUCAAGCCUGGGUAAAACUUUGGAGAAUACUCCGUUCAAUAAUUCGGUUGGAAGAGGUGCAGAUUUUCGAAGUGGGAGAGCUCUACCUGGAGGAUGGUAUUUUGAAAAUAUUCUAACAAAUAUUUUCAAUGCUGCCAACCCACCACCGGUACUGACAACUCCAGCCCCAGAGACAACUACGACCAUGACUACAACUACACCGACAACUACUCCAACUACAACUACUCCGGAAACUAUAUCCACAUCCACUCAAACAACCACUUCCGCUGGUAUGAAUCAACUACUCCAACAACUACUCCAACAGUUACUUCAACUACUUCCGCCACAACUACUGCAACAAACUCUCCCUCAAUUAGUGCAACUACUACCACAGCAACUAUUGCAACUACCUCUCCCACAACUAAUUCAACAACUACUUGAGCGACUUCCAGCACAAAUACUGCAACAAAGUCUCCCCCAAUUGGUACAACUACUACCACAAGACUUUUUGCAACUACCUCUGCAACAACUACUCCAUCACCUACUGCAACCCCAACCACAACAGCCACGUGUACAACAACUACUUAGUCAACAACUACUUCAACAACUACUGAGUCAACAAUUAAUACAACAAUCUCCCCUGCAACCAAACCCACAAUUACUCCAACAACAACUUCUCAUGUACCAACUACUCACACAACUAUUCCAGCAACCAUCCCAAUAACUACUCCUUCAACUACCAGAACAACUACAUGUGUAUUAUCACAAUUACUAUAUAAAAAAACGACUCAGAAAAAAACUACAACCUUUCCUCCAACUACUAAUCAACUACUCAGCCCCAACUUCCCCAUGGUUUUACAGUCCUUUAAAGUGGAAAAAUAUGACUAACUUAUUUACACAUUUCUAAAGUAUGGGAUACAUAAGAAUUUUUAUGUAUUUUAUGUACCUGCAUACACAAUUUCUUAAUAUUUAGAAUCGUCACAAUUUUAAUUUAAGAUUUCAACCUACAUUUCAAGUUUAUUUAUGUGGAAUAUGAAUUGAUUUAUCUACAUGAUAAAUUAAUUUAAAUUUAGAUAAAUAUUUCCCGGAUUUUUUAUCAAACAUUAGUCUUCAUUGAUUGAAAAUAGAUCAUGUACACGUGCCAAUUCGGGUGAAGAAUUUGUCUGAACUUCUCUAAAAACAUGUUACCUCGUACCUACCUAAAUACAUACGCAUGUACUGCGGAAUUAUUUGUGCUUGUCACUAGGGUUGCCGUUUUUAUCCGAGAUUAUCCUAUCCGAUCGGAUAGGAUCGGAUAAUGUCGGAUAGGAUAAGGAAAAAUACGAUUCGGAUAUCCGUCGGAUAGGAUAAUUUUUUAAAAUUAUCCGACUCGGAUUAUCCGAUGUUGUCCGUCGGAUAUCCGACGGAUAUCGGAUAAUUUAAAAUGACGAGUUACGUGUAAUUUAGACACGUUGUAUGUGCGAACGUAAAGUAAAUAUUCCAUCUCCAAUUGUAUUUCAUUUUCAUCCAUGGAUAUAUUUAAGUAAUUCCAGAAAAUCUUAGUAAAGUCAUUACCAUGUCAGACACAAAACGGUUCCCUUUGUGGUAAUAUAUAAGAUUAUUUUCCCAUUGCUUAGAGAAUCAAUCUAGUUCUGUGGGUGCUUUAAAGUAAUUAACUUGAAUAUUGACAUUGUGAUACAUUGACCUGAUUACAUAGUGCGUAUCAUACUUAUUCAAACUAAUAAAGAAAAGUGGAGACUUACAAAACUACGUUUGUCAAAUA